GCUCAGACCAGCAGUCGGUUCUGUUAUUUGCUGGAUGGACGCGCGACACAGCGGACAGGAAAGCUGCGUAGUGUAAUAUUUUAAAGAAAAACCUGCGAGACAGUUUGAAGAUAAGCAGCUGACGCUGGGACGGUUUCCUGCUGAGAGGCAGCAUGUGGGAGGAGAGCUUCGACACCGAGCAUGAGGUCGGCUGUAAGCUGGACUACUCGCCGGUGUCCUGGCGGGAAUAUUUUGACCAGAUGGAGGAUGUGAGCGUGGGGCCGGCCGACAGCAGAGACGUCUUCAGGAUUUAUAAAGCGGGAAACGACGGACCGCUGCUGGUUCUGCUCCACGGUGGAGGACACUCGGCUCUGUCCUGGGCCGUCUUCACCACGGCCAUCGCCAGCAGAGUGACCUGCAGGGUACUCGCCAUGGACCUCAGGGGUCACGGUGAUACCCUGGUCCGCCAAUCAGACGACUUCUCAACUCAAACCAUGUCCAGCGAUAUAGCCAAUGUGAUUGGAGCCUGCUACGGUGAAACUCCUCCCCCCAUCGUCCUGAUUGGCCACGGCGUUGGCGGGGCGAUCGCAGUGCAUACAGCCAGCAAUAUGCUGCUACCGACCACAGUGGGCCUGGUGGCUAUAGACGUCGUGGAAGGCAGUGCAACGGAGGCACUCCACAGCAUACAGAACUUCCUGAAGGGAAGACCAAAGUCCUUCAAGUCCAUGGACCACGCUAUAGAGUGGAGCGUCAAGAGCGGGCAAAUAAGGAACCUGGAAGCUGCCCGAGUCUCAAUGGUUGGUCAGAUCAAAAGAUGUGAGGUGGAGGUGGCCAGCCCGGUGACCGACGUGGUCGUCGAGAGUAACGAAGAGUUCUACGAUCAGAAAUACGUCAACGACAAAGAAAACGCCGCCUCAGAGGUGAGCCUCAGCGAAGGCAAAAACAACAGCGAGGAACAACUAAUGGAGUCAGCCAGUCUUCCAAAAGAAAGCCCGAUGAAAACAGAAGAUGAACCAGCCGGACUCACAACCACCAACAGAACGGUUGGUGAUAGUGUGUACAUGUGGCGUAUCGACCUGUCAAAGUCAGAGAAGUAUUGGGACGGAUGGUUUAGAGGAACCUCCAACCUCUUCCUGGCUUGCAACCUGCCCAAACUCCUGCUAUUGGCCGGAAUCGACCGGCUGGACAGAGAUCUGACUAUCGGCCAGAUGCAAGGUAAAUUCAUGAUGCAGGUGCUGCCACCCUGUGGACACGCGGUGCAAGAAAACAAACCAGACAAAGUGGCUGAAGCUGUGGCCUCCUUCCUGUUGAGACACAAGUUUGCUGAAGCCAGAAGAGAAACCAGGAGCGCCAACUCCUUCACACGAUGAGAUCUGCAGGUUUUCUGUUGGACCAGCAAAAGAGGAGCUCCGAGAUUCAGACCUUUACAGACCUCCGUUUUUAUUCUUCAUCCUCCUCCUUUUAUCAGAUGCGGCCGACGUCUCUAGUCAACACAUUCUCACUCCCAUUGCGCCGAAAAGCGACGCUUGGUCAGGUGCCUUUGGCGUUUGUUAUCGACGCAAUAAGUCUCCUUUAGAGUAAUAUUUAGAUGCCGAUCUCCGAAUGUGAAUGAACGGUCUCCAUAGGAGGAAAUGUCAUUCUUAUAUUCAUAUGAAGCUCCUUUUUCAACUACAAGGUCAGUAUUGUUUUUCACUAACGACA